GGGCUGCGGGGCGGAACGACCGGCCCCUUCGCGUCGCGCAGGGACAGAGCUGGGGACUCUGUGCCUGGUCAGGCGAAGAGAGCGAGAGCGCGGCUCCCGGAGGCGGUGUGCGCCCGGCUGUCACCAUGAGCGACCAGGCUUGGAGCUUCCUGAAGGACUUCCUGGCUGGCGGCGUCGCCGCUGCCAUCUCCAAGACCGCGGUUGCCCCCAUCGAGAGGGUCAAACUGCUGCUGCAGGUCCAGCAUGCCAGCAAACAGAUCAGUGCUGAGAAGCAAUACAAAGGGAUCAUUGAUUGCGUGGUGAGAAUCCCCAAGGAGCAGGGCGUUCUCUCCUUCUGGAGGGGUAACCUGGCCAACGUGAUCCGUUACUUCCCCACCCAAGCUCUCAACUUCGCCUUCAAGGACAAGUACAAGCAGAUCUUCCUGGGGGGCGUGGACCGCCAUAAGCAGUUCUGGCGCUACUUUGCGGGUAACCUGGCUUCCGGUGGGGCAGCUGGGGCCACCUCUCUCUGCUUUGUCUACCCGCUGGACUUUGCUAGGACCAGAUUGGCCGCCGACGUGGGCAAGGGUGCUGCCCAGCGUGAGUUCACUGGUCUGGGCAACUGUCUCACCAAGAUCUUCAAGUCUGAUGGCCUGAGGGGUCUCUACCAGGGUUUCAACGUCUCUGUGCAGGGCAUCAUUAUCUACAGAGCCGCCUACUUUGGAGUCUAUGAUACGGCCAAGGGGAUGUUGCCUGACCCCAAGAAUGUGCACAUUAUCGUGAGCUGGAUGAUUGCCCAGACUGUGACGGCGGUCGCAGGGCUGGUGUCCUACCCCUUUGACACUGUCCGCCGUAGGAUGAUGAUGCAGUCUGGUCGGAAAGGGGCGGAUAUUAUGUACUCUGGGACAGUGGACUGCUGGAGGAAGAUUGCAAAAGACGAAGGACCCAAGGCUUUCUUCAAAGGCGCCUGGUCCAACGUGUUGAGAGGCAUGGGCGGUGCUUUUGUAUUGGUAUUGUAUGAUGAGAUCAAAAAGUAUGUCUGAUGUAAUUAAAACUCAAGUUCAUUGGUUCCAGA